AUGCCAAAUGGACCAUCGCGCAAGUGGCCAACCCUUGUUGGCGAGGUUACGUGCUCAGAGCGUCGUACGAAGCCCCAAGAAGAAAUCAACUUCUGGAUGAGCGAUCCAAGGGUUUCCGUUAAUAUCGCCAUCACAAUCAGUGUGCUCCGGGACAAAAUAAUGGUUCAGAGCUGGAAAGGGAACCACACCUGGAAAUUGCCCGCAACCCUCAUCCAGGCUGCCCUCGUGUCAAUGGCCAGCUAG